AUGCAGGUUCUUAAAACGCAGGCUUUUACUAUAUUCAUCAUUUUAUUGCUUGGAAAUCUUGUGAUCCUAGAAUGCGAAGCUUGCAACGAGACUCACGUGGGUGCAGACAGUGGUGUCCUUCAGUCUCCGAAUUUCCCGCACAAUUACCCGAAUGAAGCCUACUGUUCCUGGAAUAUCAGAGUCAACCAAUCACAGCACGUGUUUUUAAUGUUCUCAUCAAGUUUCAGUUUACAGGCUGAAAACAACACAGAUGUCAUUCGUGUGUACGAUGGAGGGAAUACCACAGGGGAGGUGUUGGGAGUGUUUUACGGAGGACACCCGCCCCCUCAGGGUGGACUCUAUUCUUCAGGAAACCAAAUGUUUGUGGUUUUUAAAACGGACAACAACAAAUCUUUCUCCGGUUUCCAAGCUUCCUAUCACGCCUUAACGUGUUUCGGUAAGGGUGUUCCAGAACAACUGGCCUUCUUCUAGGCACAAUGUAGUUUCCAAUUCAAAUUUUCAAAGGCAAUGGGCCACUUUCGAGUUCCGAAAACCCUCACUUUCAAAAUGAGGCCAAGUGCACAGCCAUUCUUGUGAAAUUGAGUUUUAGUUGCGCGAGAAUGAAAAAUCAUCUCCAUAUCAAUGGCUGAGCACUAGUCGUUUUGAUACAGAGGCCCAGGGGAACUCGGAUAUGGCCUACCUUGCAUUGCCAUCAACCUCGAGGACAGGCAGAGGGAGCAAUCUUUUUACGUAACUUCGCUUGGUAGCUUCAAGCCUUGACGAAGACUGGCGAAUGAAGGCGUUGUUUAAACUUCACUUUUAAACAAUUUUUUAAAUCGAUGUAGAUUACAAACACCACUUAUCAACCGCGAUUGACGUCCGAGAUUACAGGGAAAUCUCAGACCGAGGCCUUGAUGUAAUGGGGAGCUUAUAAGCAACAAGGACGGUGACGGCUACGAAGACGUCACUUAAAAAAUGAAUUAGCGCUGCCUCCAUUUUAUCACGCUAUCACGCUUAUUCUGUCUCGUUUAAUUCGUGAAAUGUUGGCAGAUUUUUUUGGAGUUAACUUCUAAAGGACUGUAGCAAAGUUCAGGAAAGAAAAAGAAACUUGUUGUUGUGUGUUCCCGUCCUCGACAAAACUGCGUGCAACGACAGCAGAGAAAUGUACAAUAAAGCGUGAUGCACGUGCAGUGUUGUUGUUUUGCUAAUAUCACAAACCUUUUGCUUUUUUGCCGUUCUCGUUGCCGUCGCCGUCUUCGUUGCUUAAGCUCCCUAUUUAUACAUCGAGGCCUCGGUCUGAGAUUUCACUGUAAUGACCAAACGGACGAGGUUAAUAAGUUCUUUAUUAUAUGGCCUUUUUACCGUCUUUUUCUUUAAAGUUGACUUCCAACACAGGGAAAAAAACACUUAAUCAAUAACGUAGAGUCAUAGCAGCCUAACAUUGUCGACCCUUGCCAUAGGGUACUUUGCGGUCUUGUGUAAGUGGGCUACGAAAUUCCACUACCUCUUGACUAUUUUCUAUUGUUUGUUUCCUUGUUUGACUUAUUUUUUGCUUGAAAUAUAUAGAUCCUCUUGGUAUGGAAAGCGGGGACAUUUCUGAUGCUCAAAUAAGCGCAUCUUCGCAUUAUCGUGAUUAUUCUGCAAAAAAGGCAAGGCUAAAUUAUAAAGGAUGUUGGGCAGCUGCUAAAAAUGAUCUUCAACAGUGGCUUCAAGUGGACCUUGGUGGUUACACCAAAGUAACACGUGUCGCGACUCAGGGAAGAUGCUCAAACUGGCGGGUGACAAAGUUUAAGAUCCGGUAUAGCUCUGACGGAGUCAUAUGGCAAUUUUACAAAGAGCCUGGUAAUUCGAAUGCAAAGGUACGAUGGACUUGCUAAAUAUUGAGCUUAAGCAACGAUGACGGCGACGGCAACGGCAAAGAGGACGGCAAGAAAGCAAUAGGUUUGAUUAGCAAAACAAGAACUUUGCACGUGAAUCACGUUUUUUGGUACAUUUCUUUGCCGUCGUUUCACGACCAGAACGUGAAAGUGCCUAAAUUCACGUUUUGUCGAGGACGGGAACACAAGACAACAACUUUCUUUUUCUUUUCCUGAACUUUGUUGCAGUACUUAGGACCAUAAAGUUUGAAGCAGCGCGAAUUCUGUCACUUCUUAAGUGACGUUUUUGUAGCCGUGGCCGUCGAUUUUGCUUAAGUGCGGGUAAAUAAUGGCCGCUCUCCAAGCUGAAGGGGAAUUGAAGAAGUGUGAUAUUGUUAGUACUCUUGACGUGAGUGGCAGAAAUCUACAUUUUUAUCCAGUUAUAUUACAAGUCUUAAUUCUAUGUUUUGUGCAAUGAUGUUUAUUAAUUUCAGAGAAAAAUUUUCGACCUUGCGCCACUGCAACUAAGGGACUAAAGUCCUCGGGGCCUCUGGAUUACAGUUCCAGCAUUGUUACUGCUAAGCCGCCCUGCCUCAAAGGACUGCUUAGUAUUGUCAUACACGUAAAUGAUUGUUUUUCCAGGUGCUUACUGGGAAUUCUGGCAGUCCCAAUAGAAUUGUUUAUAACCGACUGAAUGAACCCAUCUUGGCACGAUAUAUUCGAGUUGUGCCUGUGGCAUGGUUUAAACGCAUAACGAUGAGAGUGGAAAUCUACGGUUGUCGAGGUACUCUUUUAUUUAUUAUAUCCAUUUUGAAAUCAUUGGUGGUCCCUGCAAUCUGAUUGGCUUUCAGCAUUAUAGUUUCCUCAAGAGUCUUACUUUUUUUUUCCCUAAGUCGUAUUCUAAAUCUCAUCAUUUCUCUUCUAACUUGCACCCGGAGUGGUCAAUCGAUAAAAAUCAGUAUAGAUAAAAAAUCGAUAGCAAUCAAGUGAUUUUUAUCGAUUGAUAACGAAAAUCGGUGGAAACUGAUAGACUAAAUUGCUGUGUCAAAUCGAUAUUAUCGAUUUUUCUUGAUUUUAUAGAUUUAUAACGGUAAGUUCGACAUUGUUGUUUUUUGACAUAAGUUACAUUGUACAGCUGAGAAAACACAUCCACGAGUAACAACUGAUCAACAAACAUGAAAAUAAGAAAUGUGGAAACUAUUACAGACGCAAGAUUCUCUCUAAAACCGUGACCCUUUUGCACAUAAUAACAAGAACGGUUCGGUUCAAUUACAUUCGCAGUUCUGGCAGGCAAGUACCACGAGAAAUACGACCUUAGAUAAAAGAUUUCCCAGCCAGAAUUUUAGACAUCCUCUAGAGCGACUAGAGUCGAAGGGAUGCCUGAAAUUCAGGCUAAAAGAUUUCCUUAGAUAGCUUUUCACCGUUUUCCGUUAUCAAUCGAUAAAAUCGAUUGAUCGCUAACGAUUUUUAUCGAUUUCGAUUUUUAUCUAUUGGCUACUCCAGAAAGCAACUACACGCGGAACUGAUGUUAUUUUGUCAGGGUGGCAGAUCUAAGUCGUGAGAAAAGUACAUUUAUUCAUAUUCAAACUAAAUUUUCAAAUAUUCAAACUAAUCUAAACUCAAUAUUCAACAUUUAAUAUUCCGAUUCCGCCCCCUUCUUCCCACAUGCAUGAUCAUUCGCCAUGUUCUAAAAAAGUGAAAAAAAAACUGGAUACGAUAUACGACCACAAAGUUUCUUGGGAUCGUUUGGAGGCACAACAUGAAAGUCAACAAACAUGUCGUAACGCUACAUGUCGUUGCAAACUGCAAUGAUAAGUUAAGAAAUACAACUAUUCUUUACUCAUAAUGUACUACACAACUCCCAAAGAGCCUAAUGCACCAACUAUGUCUUCUUCAGUCAGAGUAACCUUCAGAGCGUUUUGAAGAGGUGACCUGCUGCUCUCCGCCACGUUUUUGCUCUGUAUUUAUAUUAUCCGCUGUUAUUACUUUGAUCUGUAACUAUAUUGUCCUACUGUCAAGGGUCCUCUACCAUAAUGCUCCAACAUUUUAAUUUCUACUUAUCGUUAUUGACUGUAUUACAGGUUGUAUAGCUCCACUUGGUAUGGAAAAUGGAGCAAUCUCUGAUGCCCAGAUAAGUGCCUCUUCUCAGUGGCAUGACAAUAAUGGUCCACACAGAGCUCGAUUGAAUAGGAGAAAGUUCGGAAGCAAGAAAGGAGCCUGGAGCUCUUUAAAAAAUGACAUUUAUCAGUGGCUUCAGGUUGAUCUUGGAACAUAUACCACAGUGACUCGCAUAGCGACUCAGGGCAGAAGUGAUAUGAGCCAAUGGGUUACCAAGUACAGGUUACAGUACAGUGAAGACGGAGUGAACUUCCAUUUGUACAAAGCACUUGGACAAGAUUCAGCAAAG